AUGUCCCUAAUCCAAUGGAAGAACCAUGAGGUGGUAAUAUGUAAAUUCUUCCCGGCAACCCUGGAUGGCGAGGCAAGGAAGUGGUUCUACAAUCUCCCACCAGGAACAGUUGACAGUUAUGAGACUCUAGUCGAAGCCUUCCUCGAAACUUACAUGCACAACAACAGACCUCGGCCCAGGGUCAACAAGUUAUUCACCUUGGCCCGACGGUUUAGAGAACCACUUAGGUCGUUGACCGAUCGAUGGAUAAAUUUGUGCAUAGAAAUUGGGAAAGUACCAGUCGACCAGCAGAUAUUCGGGUUCGAAAAUGCAUUAGGGAGGUCGGACCCCAUAUGGAUAGCCAUGUUUACUGAAAAACCACAGACAUUGAAAGAAAUGAGGAAAAUGCAAGAGCAUUUCAUCGCCCUAGAAGAAAUUCAGGAGGAAUCAAGGGAUAGGAGAGUGCAAGAGGCUAGCACAGCACCCAAAUCGACAUCGGACGACGUUCAAAGACGGCCCAAAAAGAGACCGAGCCCACCUACACGAGGAAAUGGGAAGAAGGAAUGGGUAGCCAAAGGAAAGAGGCCGAGUCACGAGGCGAGAACAUACACUCCUUUGAAUGCUCCACUAGAAGAAAUCUUCAAAGAGGUCCAAAAAAGAAAUGACAUCAUAUACCCAGCAUCAAGAGGGAUACAGUUCGAGGAAACCAAGGUCACCCGGAGUAUUGCCAUUAUCAUCAGUAUCGAGGCCACUCUACAAAUAACUGCCGAGAAAUAA